CAUUUAGAUAGGCUGGAAGGAGCGGGGAAAUAAAACCUAAUGUUUGUCGUUCAGCUGCGGACUGGACGGACAGAACCUGAGAAUAAAAAAUAAAUGAAACAAAGGCUGGUUUGGAUCUGUUGCUGCUGGGCUGUCGAGUAGAAACAAAGAAAGACGGAGCGAGGACCGCACGCUGAGGAGCCUCAACAAGCCCUUUAGAUACCCUGUUUAUGACUGCAGCUAUACAGGUGUGAUUCUCCACGCCUGAGGAUAACAGAAGAGUCGGUCAUCUUUCCUUCCUUUUCCUCUUUGUUCCCUCCAUCUCUUUUUCCUCCUCUGAAGGGUUGAAGCCAUGCCCAUCGUUUCUGCAAACACAGGGCUGCAUGAGACUCUGGCCAUUCUCACAUCUCAUCUUCACCCUGAUGCCAACCACAAAGAGGACCUGGUCUUCCUCAGAGACGUCUUCAGUGAGAAAAGCAUCGGUUACCUCAUGAAGAUCCACGAGCGGCUAAAGCAGUAUGAGAAGUACAGCCCCACUCCAGUCCUACACAGCGCCACCUGUCUGGCAGAGGAUCUGGCUGAAGAGCUGCAGAGUGGACCGCUCCAGGAUGACGAGCGAGAACUUCUCCUUUUGCUCAACAUGCCCCACCUGAAGGCAGUGCUAUCAGCUCACGACAUUGUUGCCCAGAAGAAAUUUGACCCAGUUCUUCCACCAUUGCCAGAAGAUUUGAACGAUGAGUUUGAGGAAGAGUCUGUAAAGAUCGUUCGUCUGGUUAAGAACAAAGAGCCGCUGGGAGCAACCAUUCGGAGAGAUGAGGCCACAGGAGCUGUAAUUGUGGCCAGAAUCAUGCGAGGAGGGGCGGCUGACCGCAGCGGCCUGGUGCACGUAGGAGAUGAGCUCCGAGAGGUGAACGGAAACCUGAUAACUCACAAAAGGCCUGAUGAAAUUAGUCAGAUCCUGUCCCAGUCCCAAGGCUCCAUCACGCUGAAAAUCAUCCCAGCGGUGGCAGAAGAAGACAGACUGAAGGAGAGCAGAGUUUACCUUCGGGCUCUUUUUGACUACACACCUUUUGAGGACAAAGCAACACCGUGUCAAGAGGCUGGACUUCCUUUUAAGAGAGGGGACAUUCUUCAGGUCGUUAGCCAGGAGGACGCCACCUGGUGGCAAGCCAAGAAGGUCGGCGACUGCAACCUGCGUGCUGCCCUCAUCCCCUCCACGCAGUUUCAGGAGAGACGUCUGAGAUACAGAAUGAAGAUGAAUUCCCUCCCUGCUCCUCUGUCCCCCAAGGCUCCAACAUAUGAUCAGACAGAGAAAGAAGACUGUGACAGUAAAGGUGCUCUGAAUGGAAAGGACGUAGUUUCUCCCAAGAGUAAGGCAGCACCUGCCUUCUGUGGCCAUGCUUUCUCAUGGGAAUUUUACUCAGCCAGUUUACGCAGAAGUUUCCGACUCAAAAAAGAACGGCAGGGUUCACCAACAGAGGCCCAAACUCUGGACGCCCAUCAGACAGAAUUCCAGAUUUAUGAGGAAGUUUCGCAAUAUUUGCCACACCCCGGAGAGAAGCCCCGUCUUAUAGUACUGAUAGGUUCGUUAGGAGCUCGGAUCACCGAGCUCAAACAGAAGGUGAUUGCAGAGAAUCCUCGAUGGUUUGGUCUGGCUGUGCCACACACGACCCGAGCCAGAAAGACUCAUGAGAGGGAAGGAGUGGAGUACCACUUCAUCAGCAGGGGAGCCUUUGAGGCCGACAUCCAGGAUGGGAAAUUUAUUGAAUAUGGAGAGUAUAAGGAGAAUCUGUAUGGCACUAGCUUGGAGUCCAUUCAUAAAGUUCUGAGUCAGAAUAAGGUCUGUUUAGUAGAUGUGCAACCAGAGGCGCUGAAGACUCUGCGAACGGCCGAGUUCAGACCAUUUAUCAUCUUCGUGAAACCUCGCAUCCCUGACUGUCAAAGAAAACAGUUUGGCUCCUCUUCCUCACUCAGUGCAGGGAUCACAGAGGAAGAUCUUCAGGAAAUGAAACAGUCUGCAGAAAAGAUGGACAAGUGCUAUGGCCACUGGGUGGACUAUGUAUUGGUAAAGGAGGACCCAGUGAAUACCUUAGCAGAGCUCCAGAUGGUGCUGGAGAAGGUGCAGAUGGAGCCCCAGUGGGUUCCUGUGUGCUGGUUGAGGCGUUAGCCAAAUGGACCUUCUGACCAAACCGAGGGGUAAACCAAAACAGAGACCACGGUGCACGGACCCACAGCUGUGGGGGAUUUCCGGAGAGAUCAGAUGUUUACUACCAUGUAACUAUUCCACACUUAUGGGUUCGUGAUAACAGAAAAAUGUUUCUCUGAUGGUCGAUACAGUCAACACGAAAAAAAUAAGUACACCCUCUUCAUUUGUGUGUGGGCGCACGUUUUCCAUCAUUACUUUUAUUCAUUGAAGUUUGCAGACAUUAACUCCUGCCAUGCUCUAUUACAGUCUGACUACAGUGUUUCGAUCAGGUUGAGCACUGUGCUUUGACUAGGCCAUUGUAACACCUUAAUUUUUUUUCUUAAGCCAAUCUGUUAAACAUUUGCUGCUGUGAUCAUUGUCCUGUCGAUGAGCCAGUUUUCUGUCAGAUGGCCUUACAGUUAACACAGUUGAAUACUUUAGUAUAAAGGAUGGUUGACUUGAUGACUGCAAGGUGUUCAUGUCCUGUGGCUCCACAUCAUCUUGGCUCUACCACCAUGCUUGGCAUAAGAUGUUUGAGUCUUGCCAGAAAUCCAUACUUUUGUCUAGAGAACGUUGUUCCAAAAGAUUUGUGGUUCAUUUUGAUACAACACUGCGGUCUUUUCAUAGUGAAGAUGCUUUUUCCAGACAACCCCUCAAACCUGUUAAGUAUUUCUCUAACAGUCCUAUCAUGCACCUCAACAUGCUAAGAUAUGUAGGGUUUAAGAUUUAGCUUUUUUUUUCCCGACCUAAGAACAUUAGAAUCUUAAAACAUCUUGAAUGUUUUCCACAUGGAUAUUUUUCACACUGCAGAAUAAGACCUCAAAUUGUUUGGAAAUUGCCUUAUAACCCUUCAUAGGCAGCAAAAGUUGCUCCUCCAAGUUCAUUGCUGAUGUAUUUUCUGCUUGGCAUUGUGUUAACGCGCACCUGUAUGCUCCAGGCCAGAAGACUAGGAAAACUGCUCUCAUAGCAGGGGUCACACAUAAAACAUGACCAAGUUAUGUGCGUUUGAUUAGUCUUUGAAAAGUCCUCUGGAAGCAGCAAGGGUGUACUUAUAUUUUUCAUCUAUGAUCAUCACUACACUUUAGGAAACUUUUUCAUGUGGCUGUACUUUGUCAUUAUUGCAAAUAAAGUCUGCAGUGACUUAUUUAGGCCACAGGUGAGACUGUUGUAGUGAAGCACCGUGUGUAUUAGUCACACAGAUGCAAUGCUGAUGUACCUUAUUGUAUAUCUAUAGUACAGUGGUAGUAUAACAGCUAUCUCAGGCAUGCAGGACCAAGUUAAAGUCAAUGUCAAAGAUCUGUUGUGAUCAGUUAAAAUAAGACCUGUUUCUAUAGCAGCUAUACUGUGAAGUGCCAUAAUGAAUGUGUUGAAUUUAUGCAGGAAAUUGUUGUAAACUGAGACAGAAUAAAUCUGCCCUCCUGGAUAACUAUUA